UUAGUUUUCUAAUAACGUCAUGUCACUUUACUUUCGGAUUUGAUUGAUAUACGAUCUGACAUAUUGACAUUUCAGCUGACAAAGUUGAAUAAUUAACAAGAGAGAAGAUGUAUACUAUUAUUUAUUUACAAUAUUUUGAUCGCCGAUAGUUAGCACAAAGAUAGUUUUACCUACCAAAUAACUAAAAUGAGUUACGUUAACAAAAGGACAAGAGUGUUUCAGAAUCAAAACGAUUUACAAAUAGUACGAGCAAGAUCAGAAGGUCGCAUGAAAACGUAUCAAUCAGCACAAGACGUAAGAGCAUGGAGCGAUAUUACAGAGGAAAGGAGGCAGUAUAUUUUAGAUUAUCAUUCCAAACCUAGGCUGGGUUUGCAUUCGGUAGAAAUAGUCCCUGUGGAAUAUUUAGUAGAAUCGAUAGCAGCUUUCAAAGAUGAGAAAAUAAAACAGCUCUUACAGAGAAUAGAUUAUUUAGAAAAGAUGAUAGACUUAUAUAAUCAGUUGGAUUUAACAAACGAACAGAAGCAGAAAUUGGAUGAAUUGGUAAAAGCUCAUGAACUUGAACCUUAUUCAUCAUAAUCACUUGUGUUAAAAUUUCGGUCAAAUUAUUAAUAUUAGGAUGGUUUACAGCUAAACCAACACAAAAAAUAACAAAUAAAAUUUACGAUAAAUACUAAAAUCUAAUAAUUUAUUUAGUGUUCGUUUGAUAUCAAUAUUAGAAUAACAGUUUCAUUGGAUGAGACAAAUUUAUUGAAUUUGAACAAAUUUGAAGGCUAAUAAGCAUUUUUUAGUAUAACAUCAUUAAAUUUUAUAAACCAAAAUAGUCCAAAAGCUAGUCGCCACUUCAACUAAGGUAAUUUCACAAGGCUGAAACUUUUUCUUUAUGUUAUUUAAUAUAUUUAAAGUAGAAAAAUCAACUUGGCAAGGUUAGCGAGUUUUUUUGCAUAUUGCAAAUUUUUUAUUUAAAAAAAUGUAUCUUCACAAAUCUGGCUUUUGAAUAUAUUUUUUAUUAGACAAUUUUGACUCUAAAAACACUCAAAUAUGUAAUGAAACGGAUAUGGUACGAUCAAAUAUCCAAAAAUAAUACAAAAAUGCAAUUUUUCAUGUAUUUCGUUAGUUAAUUAGCAGCGUUGCAACUGACAAAUCUAACGGAAAUUUGUCUUAAAAUGUUCUAUUCCCCUAACUAAUAAUGUAAACCUUAUAUUCAGGUAAAAAUUCUUUGGCUGGAGGGUCGACAAAGUCGGUAGACUUUUGUGAUGAAAAUACUGUACUACCCGUGUUAGCAACUUUCGAUCCAUUUCACAGAUACUCGAAACCGAGCAAAUCAUCUGGCAACUUUAUUUAUACUCAAAAUUGUAUAAUUAGAAAUUUAGUGGAAAGCCAGAUUUGUGAAGAUACAUUUUUUUAAAUAAAAAAUUUGCAAUAUGCAACCGUUGAUAUUGUUGCAACCGCUCUAACCCUGCCAGAAGUUGAUUUUUCUACUAAUAUAUAGAAAAAGUUUUAGCCUUGUGAAAGUCGAAGUGGCGACCAGCUCACCGACUAUAAGAAACAAACUAUUAAUGUUAUAUAAUACUUAGAGUAUUUCAGAAUACAUUCAGUUGAACGUUAAAUAACCAUGUUUCCUCCAAGUUUCCUGAAAACAAACAGCAAGUCAAAAGAAAUA